CUAACAGGCGAGUCGUGGUUGUCUCAUCAGAAAUCUGCUUGGUUCAUCAUUCAUCAGCCGCGGCUUGUAGCCUCGUAGCACUGCAUUUGAUGCGCUGGCAAUCUUACUCGGACAGCCCUUUGGAGUGUAUCCUCGAAAUCUGCAGGAGAAUCAACGUUGGGCUCCCCAAAACACAAUAGAGCUCUGAAUUGGCAUUUCCGGCAAUGUCGGGCAUUCCAACAGGAUGGGAGGCUGAUUAUGAUGGUUCGCGAUGGUUCUACCGAUACAAGCCUACAGGGCUGACACAAUUCACGUUUCCGAAGAUUGGCGAUGAGUUUCCCGAGCAUGUAGGCAUAAGCGGCGAGACUUUCGAUCUUGCUCCGGAAGAACGGUUGGCAAGCGACCAGCAAGUCAAGAGACGCAGUGCCUUAGAUGGUGCGCAAAAUGAACCGAUCCCGAUCGGGAGCCGCAAGAGACACGAGCCGUUGGACGAAAUUGAUGAGAUGAGUGCUACAGGCUAUUUCGACCCUGCCAGCUUCAUGUAUUUUGGUCAAGAGACCAACAACGAUUCCAGUCCAGUCGCAAAUGCAGAUACACAUAGUGAACAAAAGACCAGUGUGGUGGCGCAAUUAGAUUCCGCGGUUUCAUCACUUACCGCAACGCCAAAUACAGGCCAGCCUGCGACGCUUGUUAUCAAUAACCCGCCCUCCAGCGAACCUGUCAUUUCUAUCCAGACGACCGGCGAUUCUCUUGCCAGUUGUGCUACCGCUCCGGACGAUUCCCAGUUUGAUGAACGCGGGAUACCAAUGCUCGAUGGGCAACCAAUAUAUGCAGAGCUUCAGGAUGUCGGAUCAGCUUCGACAACACAUGCACGGUGGACUCCUAUUGGAGAGAUAUCAGAGCUUGCCAGUAAUGACACAGUCAAAUGCGCAGACGAAUUGGCCCCAGUUGAGUUGGACGCAUCGUUAAAUCAAGCAGGUAUUGGCCCUGGAAGCACGCAAACAAAUGGUCCAGUUGAGCUUCCAACAGAAAGGAGCAUAUCUCCAAGGUUACAACCGAACUCUCCGCCAGAAGCACAGCACGUGGAAGCCGUAGACUCGUAUCCUAUUGUGUCCGCCUCCUUCUCAUUUCCUCCCUUGAGGGGAGGAGGAACAUCUGCGGCAGCUCAUGUACCUCAAACGAUCUCCACGACUGGAGUUCAUGGUAAAGAUAAAAAAAAUCAGACCGGCGUAUCGGUAGCAAAUAAUCAUCAUGGCAUCUCGCAGUCAACUCGGUCUACAAGUCAAUAUCCGAGUCCGGAGACGAACCACUCCCAACGAUCAUCGUAUGCUACAUCGAAUAUAUCAGCCGUCCAGUCUCAGGAAUUGAAACUUGGAACGUCUCACUCAUAUCGAGAUACCACUGCUAACUCAUCAUCCGCGCCAAAUAUCAUCCAGCGGCAUCCGACCAUCUUGACACCUUCGGCAGGUCCCAAAGUCCCAAGAAGACUGGAGGUUGAAUCAUCGCCACAACGUGUGCCACUUUCACCUAUCCCCUCGGUCCUGCAACCAGCAAAAAUGCCAUUGCAUCCAGUCGCUGAAGAUAAAGUGUCUCAAUCUGCACAAGCUCGCAUAGCAGGCUCAAACGCAAGACAUGAACGUCUAUCUUCGGGCUUGAUCGAUAUUUCGAGAACUGACGAGUCAGCUCAAGGAACAGUCCAUGUUUCGACUAUUCCAGCACUGGCUGAUCCUCGCCAUAGCAUGAUUCCUUAUGUGCAUGGCCAGAAAACUCAGCGUCCUCAAUCCCUUCCCUCCGAGCACCAGACAAGUCUGGCAGCUUAUCAGCGCGGUGAGCAGUCGGUGCCGCCGGGUCAUAUCCUGAAGCCUACGGAGCCUGAGGGUAGGCGGGUACCUGCAGCGGCUAUCCCCAAGCCUCCUGCCUUCCGGUACAUCACUACCGCGUCGAAUCCCGAUGCUCAAGAGCCUCGGCCGAUGCUACACAAGGCGAACACUGUUCCCGAUCAACUGCCGUCUCAACAUGUUCACAGACCAUCAUUGAGUGGUCCUGGGCUCUAUGUCUUCCAAGAAUUCUCGUCUGUUCAAGGGCCGUCUAUUACGCAACGCUCACCCCAGGAAAAAAACACAUGGCCAAGUUCUCAGCCACACAAGGAGACCAAGACAGUGUCGCACCAUAGCCGAGUCCCUGAGGCUAGUCCAAGAGCACAUGCGGCGGAUUAUUCUGGAGGUAGCUGGGGUGACCAUUGGUGAUGGUGCUUAUUGCUGCAGUGAGAGUUAGACACAAGAAAGGGACGGAUAUAGAGGGUUAGCAGCAGGAAUGACAUUGCGCAUACCUGACCAACUGUAGAGUUCCUCGGGGACCCCUCAAGGGCUCCUCCGAGGGCUAUUACCAUUUUAUACCAACUAAACCAAGAGCACCGAAUCCUUGCCCUAUGAGGCACAGUCUAAUAUAAGUUGUGG